GGGUCCGGCCUCCAGUCGCAGCGCCGGUCUUCUGGUGCGGAAGUGACGCGAGGGUCGCGUUGCUGGCUGGACGCCCUGGUCUCAGGGCCGCACCCCGAGGCACCCCCGGGCAGCAUGGCUCUCCUCCUUCUGCUCGUCCUCGUCUUCCAGGCCGAGAGCAGGGCUGAGAUUAACUCCACAGAUCUGGAGCUGUAUCCGGUGCCAAAACCAACGAAUAUUCAAAUUAAGGCUUACAACUUUAAUACUGUCCUAUCGUGGGACUACCCGACCAUGUCAGAGACCCCUCUUUUUAUCGUACAAGUAAUGAACUAUGAGGAUGCAGAAUGGAUUGAUGCCUGCAAUACCUCUCAGCAUUACUGUAAUAUCUUUUCCACAAUUAGUGACCCAUCAAUUUCUCUCUGGGCCAGAAUUAAAGCUAGGCUUGGACAAAAAGAAUCAGACGAUGCAAUGUCAGAGGAAUUUAUUUUGUGUAGACACGGUGAGCACCAGCAGGUCCCAGUGAUCGGUACAGACAAACCUCUGGUGACGCGCAAUGAAGAGAAAGGGGGGCCGGGCAGCAGGCUUUCUGUCUCCCCGUCCCUUCCAACGCGGUGUUGUGUUCUUAGUUCCCUGCGGGUGCCGUGCUCUGUACAGACUGCCCUUCUCCACCUUCUCCGCAUGCGCUUUGGUGGAAUGAACGGUGCCAGAGACCGCUUCGGGCCCUUCUGUGCACUGCUGCUAAGAGACGCCAGGUUUGUGCUUUUGCAGAAUAAAAGAAGCUAUGCAUUUUCAUUGUUGUGGUUUGUUCCCAUACAGAGCUCAUAUAUAUCGGAUGUAGAGGAAGAUAAUUGCAACGAGACUCAGUGCCACCUAAUUGUCCCAGUGUCGUCGCUGAAUUCUGAGUACUGUGCUUCGGCAGAGGGAAGCUCCGAAAUCUGGGGAGUUUCAACAAACCCGUCCAGAGAAGUUUGUGUCACCGCUUUUGAUGGCAAACGCAUGGAAGAUUCUGUUUGGAUUUCGGUUGUUGCCGCUGUCCUGCUUUCUGUAGUCCUCAUCGUGGUACUUGUAUGUUGUUACACGAAGAAGAUUAAUCCAUUCAAGAGACAAAGCAUCAUGUUACCCAAGUCCUUGCUGUCGGUGGUAAAAAAUGCCUCUUCUUCAGAGACCAAAUCCGAAUCAAAAUGUGUAUCACCCAUCACCUACCAACCAAUCGUCUCAGAAAAUGAGAAGAUGGUCUGGGAAGAGCACCUGUCUCCAGCAACAAUUUCAGAUACGCCUCCCGAAGACAAUCUGGAAAAAAUGGAACAUCACGAAACACUUCAGCUGGUGACCCCUGAAGGAGAGAUUUCUGACAAGGCCCCUGACAGCCCGCUGACCCCAGUCCUGACAGAGAAUUCUGUCCAUUCCGACAGUAACCAGUCGGAAACCUGUGUUGUCACUUUAAGCUCCUGUCACUCCAGAAAUGGUUCCGAUAGUGGCGUCGUGGAUUCGCAGAGCUUAUCGGACUCGGAACUUCCCCCAAGCAGUAAACCUGAACCAAAGACCGAAGGACAGGAGUCCGUAAUGCCGAGAAACACUACCACCUCCUUUGGCUACGACAAGCCACACGUAUUAGUGGACCUGCUUGUGGAUGAAGGCGGCAAGGAGUCCUUGAUUGGUUAUAGACUCACAGCGGAUUCCAAAGAGUUUUCCUGAGAUCCAGGAGGACGCGCCAGCUUUGAAGGCCCUGCCUUCCCCCAGCAGUUUUCCUGCUCCGACUUCUUGAAGAGAUCAUGGUUUUAGAAGUUACGUCUUUGUUAACAUUAACCAAAUAUGGUCGUAUCUUGGUUUACAUAAAGGGCAGAGAGCCUCGUCUGGCACUGUCAGAUUUGGCCUGAAAACUGCAAAACCUGUAAAAACAAAAACAAACCAAAAAAAAAA